GAGGCAGCUGAGGCGGCGGCGAGCGGGGGUCGCGGCGGCGGCGGCAGCGGGCCCGGAGGCGGGCCGAGGAGCCGGGCGCGAUGGAGCGGAAGAGCCCCAGUGGGAAGAAGUUCCGCAGCAAGCCCCAGCUGGCGCGCUACCUGGGGGGCUCCAUGGACCUGAGCACCUUUGACUUCCGCACCGGCAAGAUGCUGAUGAGCAAGAUGAACAAGAGCCGCCAACGCGUGCGCUAUGACUCCUCCAACCAGGUCAAGGGCAAGCCCGACCUGAACACAGCGCUGCCUGUGCGGCAGACAGCGUCCAUCUUUAAGCAGCCUGUGACCAAGAUCACCAACCACCCCAGCAACAAGGUGAAGAGCGACCCACAGAAGGCUGUGGACCAGCCCCGGCAGCUGUUCUGGGAGAAGAAGCUGAGCGGCCUGAGUGCCUUUGACAUCGCCGAGGAGCUUGUCAGGACCAUGGACCUGCCCAAAGGCCUGCAGGGGGUGGGCCCAGGCUGUACGGAUGAGACCCUGCUGUCGGCCAUCGCCAGCGCCCUGCAUACCAGCACCAUGCCCAUCACGGGGCAGCUCUCAGCCGCCGUGGAGAAGAACCCUGGUGUGUGGCUGAACACCACGCAACCCCUGUGCAAAGCAUUCAUGGUGACUGACGAGGACAUCAGGAAGCAGGAGGAGCUGGUGCAGCAGGUACGGAAGCGGCUGGAGGAGGCACUGAUGGCCGACAUGCUGGCCCACGUGGAGGAGCUGGCCCGUGAUGGUGAGGCGCCACUGGACAAGGCCUGUGUGGACGACGAGGAGGACGACGAGGAGGACGAGGAGGAGGAGCCGGAGCCAGACCAGGAGCUGGAGCGUGUCUAGAGCAGGUGCCCGGCUGAUGCCCUCCCCACCACGAGGCCAGGGUCUGGGACCUGAGGCCACAGGCUGGCUGGCAAGUGGGGUCAGUGGAAGAGCACCCCAGCCUGGUAUGCAGGUGGCGGCUGGGAAAGGGCAGCUGCCCAGAAGCCCCCAGCUCUGUGCUGGGAGCAUGCCUCACCAGGCCAGCUCGUGUUCUGGAAGAGCCUAGGUCCCUGUCCCAAGUCACCUUGCUGAUGGCGUCCCCUCCCCAUCCUUUGCAGACGCCCUGCCUGAGAGCCCUGGGCUGCAGGGCCACCAGCUCGCCUCUACACAGCCACCUACAGACUUGGCCCUGGGCCACACUGGGGACCAGGCUCAGCAAGCAGGCCCAGUCUGGGAGGAGGGCAGCCCCUCCUCCCCUGGGCCUCAACACGGGGCGCCUGAGGGCAGCCCUGCCUGGUGGACCCUCCACAAUGGCUCUUCUCUGGGGGCCUAGGGGCCCCCACGUGUGGACUUGGGCCUGUGGUGCCCCAGCCUGUCCCCGUGGUCUCUGCCCUGAGCUCCUCCACAUGGGAGAGGUGCCAGCAGACUCACCCGUCCCUCGUGCCCUGGAGCUGGUCACACAUGAGGUCUUUUCAGUUGCCAUGUCUCCAGGAGCCAGGGAAAUAUUCCAGAAACACAGCUUCACCUCCUUUCCGUGCAGUGUGAGCAGCACUGCUCUGGGCCAGCAGGUCAGCCCUUCGGACAGCAUCGUGACCAUGGCCCUGCGCUGCCACCCAGCUGGGUAGAGCUGGUGACCCCAGUGAGGGCAUCCAAGAGCCAGCAGCCACCUAGGAGGUCACUUCCCUCAAUAAAUGGAUGAUACAAAUGGGGCUGGAACUUGGCUGUUUGACCCUUUGUUUGGCCACCAGCAGAGGUGAUGGGGACAGCUUUCUGAAACCCGCUGCCCUGCCUCGGUGCAGGUGCUUGAACCAGGCUACACCCAGGUUCCCCUGCUGUGCCAGGGAGAGCCCUAGUCCAGCUGCAGAGAAAUGAGCUGGCCCUUUGGGUGUGGCCCCCACAAUAGCCACCUCUGAGAGUAAUGUGGUGGCACAGUGGCAAAGGGAGUGGCCGCUGCUUGGACACCCCCGCCACCCCUGCUGUGGCUUGGAGAUGCCCGGGCCCAGUUAGGCCCUGCUUCUUCCUCCAUCGCCCUGAUGCUCACAGCACUGGUUGUCCUUUGGCUCCCCAGACUGCCGCAGCCAGGAUGUGGUCACUCUCAGGCUGGACAAGAGGGAGGGCAGCACCUUCUUGGCUCCCCCUGGGGCUCAGCCAGCACUACCCCUGGCAGUUGGGGGCGGAUCCUGGCAUGAUGGCCGAAGAAGGGACCCCCUUCAUUCGUGGGAUCCCCUGCUAAGGUCACUGUUAGACCUGCAUUGUCCCCCUUGCCCUCAGGACCAUGGCCUGGGGUGCCAGGUUGAUGCUGUCACCUUUCAAAGCACAAACCCUUGGCACAGGAAGACUGCUCACUCCCUGGGCUGCCAGACGGGGCCAGUCUCCCACGAGGCUGCCAGGGGAGCUCCUGUGGGGCCAGCUCCUCUUCCUGGCCCUGGGUUCUUGUGAGGAUGAUGGCUUCAGUGCUUGCUGUGACCCUGAGGCCAGGGGUCCUGCCUGGUAGGGGACACAGCUGCAGUGGGCACUGUACCUGAAUAAAGACACUUCCAAGAA